GUCAGCACCUGAAAACCACAAUGGUCAGUAGGCCGCAGAAUAGGAGCUUUGGCGUGGGCGAGUCCAUGAAACAGAAUCCAUUGGACUCAGACCGUGUUCGAACAGCUAUGAUUCAGUGGCCAAAGCCUCCAGGAGAGGAGCUGUUUGCCCAUCAGAAGUGCGGAGGAUCCGUUUGUGCAUGUUUGCAAAUUGUUUUGCUUAUGUACCCGGUACCCAGAUCGUGCAGCAUCCAACGAUUGAUGCUGAAAAGAAAGCCAGCGUGGUUAAAUGCGUGACUCUUGCAACGACACCUAGGAGGAUGCGGCAGAUGCCAGACAAAGUUUUUUGUUGCGUUUGCGCCGGCCGUUUCAGAAGGUGCCCUGAGCAAUUUCGAGAACACGCGAAUGCGGCUGAUCCAACCUGACGAUCAGACAGACUGUUACCUGCACUUGGUUGUACCCAACUUGAUCAUCCAUGAGAUUGACCAUCAUAGCCCUUUGCACCCGGAGGCAAAGCAGAUGCUUGAUCCAGGAGGUCCAUCCUGCUCCGAAAAAGGAAGGCCGCUUACCAGGAACAGCAUUGAGGAGCACCUUGACAGACAUAACAUAGAGAUCGUGGUUUUGGUGGAGGGCUUUGAGCCAAUCACAGCGGCCUGCACACAGGGACGUCACUCAUACCUUCAUUCAGCCGAGGAUGUGGUGUUUAAUUGCUCCUUUGCUCCCUGUGUUUUUCGCAAAGACGAUGGGAGCUUAAUUGUGGACUUCAAGCGUUUUCAGGAGUUGGUCCCUGCACCACCAAGACCAAGGUCAACUUACGUGCUUCUCAUCCUUUUUGAUCUCGGGCCAAGAGUUCUUGCACGCCUUGGCUGAAACCCAACUCCACCAAUGGUUGCUGCUUUCUUUCCUCAGGGUUGCAGUGGUGGCUUCCUAGCCCUUCUGCAAAGAUCGUUGUCCUUUCUCAAAGGGCAAGCAUGAGAAUGAAGCAAACAAACACACAAUGGUUGAAGUGAAUGUUUGAGAAGGGCUUGGGAAAGCUGGUGUUAUAGUAUCAUUUCCUUGCAUCCCAAAGGAAAGCACCAAAGCCGAGGGCCCAUGGUGGCAUUGCAGGACGCAGGGAAGUCUAUGCUUAACAUUGUGAUUGCCAUGGGCAUCAAGGUGGGUAAUGUCAUGACCACAAAGAAUUUGAGAACAAGAUUUGGGUUUGCAUACAUGUAGAAGCUGAUGGAUUGCCAGAUCCAACCCUGAAGACUACCAUCCGUGUGAAACCAGAGGACAUUAAGUCCAACAUCUGAUUCCUGCAAUACUGCCAAAGGAUGAUGCCCAGCAGCUCUUUGCAGGUGUGAGCGCUGAGUAGCUGUGAUCAUAACAUUGUUUGAUGCAGGAUAGUAUGCUCUCCUAGGCUCUUAGACUUUUAGGUAUCCGGUGCUAAGGGCGCCGAGCAUUCUUGUUGGAGACGGACUUGACUUGACUCCAGGAAGGCUAGCUUCCAGCUUUCCUUGGGGGGCGGCCACCCAAAA